UCCUUUUCCAUUUGCAGUAUAUGGAUACAGGAUAAUAGUUAUUUAUUUAAAAUUAUAUUUACGGAUAAAAAAAACAUUGGAUAAUUAAAAAAAAAAUAUUUGUUGUAUGAAGACAAAUGAAAAGUAUUAUUGAAAGUAUCAUCAAAAUAAGACAUUGCAGAAAAAAGACACUAAGACAGAGCAUUCAUUGAAUUAGCUGAAUCAUUCUGUAUGAACCGAUAAAAAGAGAACGAACGAAAACAAAUAAAAAAUCAAUUCUAUAGAAAAAAGAUGCACCUGCAAAAUAUCUUUGCGUGUUACGUGUCGUUUCCACGCAAUCUCGGGACCGUAAUUCCGGGCUUCUUCUCGCAACGUGGCAUGAGUGGUUUUUAUAAUAUCCGCUAAAUAUUUAUGUGUUUCUGUCGCCAUUUGGAUCGUGAAUUGGCAUCCUUUGGGUCGACCGUCGUGCAGAAUCGCGUGAAAAAACGGAUUUCGUUCUUUUUUCAGCUUCGAGGAGAAACCAAAGGCGAAUAUGUCGAUGACCCUUUUCAACGUGUUAACCUAAUGUACGUCUUUCGACGUUCUGACAAAUUAACGUCAUUGAUCCCCAUGACCAAAACAAUGGCUGGUUCUGCGCUAAGACGAUUAAUGGCAGAAUACAAACAGUUAACCUUAAACCCAACUGAAGGUAUUAUUGCUGGCCCGAUUAAUGAAGAGAAUUUCUUCGAAUGGGAAGCUUUAAUCACGGGUCCAGAAGGGACAUGUUUCGAGGGUGGUGUGUUCCCAGCAAAGUUAAUAUUCCCUCCGGACUAUCCAUUGAGUCCUCCAAAGAUGCAGUUCACUUGUGAAAUGUUUCAUCCAAACAUUUACACAGAUGGUAGAGUCUGCAUAAGCAUAUUACAUGCACCUGGUGAUGAUCCAAUGGGUUAUGAAAGUAGUGCAGAAAGGUGGAGUCCAGUUCAAAGUGUAGAAAAAAUAUUGCUAAGUGUUGUAAGUAUGUUAGCAGAGCCAAAUGAUGAAAGUGGAGCAAAUGUUGAUGCUGCCAAAAUGUGGAGAGAGGAUCGCUCAGAAUUUGAAAGAAUCGCUCAAAGACUAGUUAGGAAAAGUCUUGGUGUUCCACCGUGAAUUAACAUGUUUAUUAUGUAAAUGAAAACAGAACUGUAAUUGAAGAAUCACGUAAGUCAGUGCAAAAUAUAUGUUGCGUUUUAAGGUAAUAAAAUUUUAUCCAAAUUUAAAAUUACUUGUUUAUGCAAUAUUUAUGUACUUGUUGUAUUUAAUGCAACAUUGAAUAUAUAUUGUAUUAGAAGAAAAAAAAAAUGGCUUACUACUAAUCUCAAAAAAUGUAUUUUAUUUUCAACAUUGCAGUACAAACAUGGGUAAUCAAAUACAUAUGCAUUUGUUUGCACAUAAUAUAUAUUUUACCAUAAUAAAUUAAUUAAAAACAAUUUUUUUCUUGUGCUCAUGAGCAUAGAAUCAUUGCAAAUCGUGCAAAACAUUGGAAUUGCAAUUAUGAGAAUGAUACUAAGCAAUCUAUUAAACAAUUUAUCACUCAAUUAUUUUACUAUAAUGUUGAAAAAUACAUUGUUACAUUUGCGAAGAGUCACAUUAUCUUUAAGCAGUGAAAAAUGAAACUGGAGUAAUAUUUUAACUGAAUAUGUGGAUAUUUACGGGAUAUAACGGAGUUUAUAUAUUCAAAGAAUUGUGACAAAAUUAGAUUUAUUAUUACAAAUUGUAAGGAAUUUGAUUAUAAAUAAAUAAGAAUUUACGGAGGAAUCAUUCAAUGUUCGUGUAUCAUAAAAUCCACGUUUCCCCGAAUUGAAAAAUGGAACAAAUUUGUAUUAAAUAAUUAAAUCAUACUGUGGUGUUUUACUCGGGUUUCAUUUUUUUUUAUUGUUGUAAUGUAUACCUUAACUUAACGUUUCAGUAAAAAAACGUAAUGCACUUUUGAAAGCAUAUUUUCUAUUACCUUAAGUAUUUACAAAAUUAAAAGCUUUUAUAAUAGGUUUCUGAUUAUCGUGCAUUCCUCACUCUAAUAACCAUCGAACUUGGUGAUAAACUAUAUUAGACUAGAAUAAAUAAAUUAUGCAAUGUAAAUCUGUAGCUACGAAAACAAUUGUUAACUGUUAUUAAGACAAGAAUAAUUAUAAAGAGCUUGCGCAUUUUUAGAAGUUAUUUCUUAUAGUCUAAUAAAAUUAUUCCCGGACCCUCGAAAAAGUUAAAAAAAACAAAUACAAGAGUUCGGAAGUAAAUUGAUAUUUAUUAGUAAACAAUACUGAAGUCCAACUUAAAAUGCAAUGUUUAUGACUAGCACUUGUCAAUUAUAUAUAACAAACAAUAGUAAAGACCGAUGUACCAAUAUGUUAUAAACAAAGUACAACAUUGUAUCUGUGUUACCAUUCUGACAGUAGAAUUCUGUCGCGCUUAUCCCGUGAAUUCAUUUAACACAUUCAAUGAAAUUGAAUACUUAAAAUAAAUACAAAUUAUGUGAUUUAAAUGAUAUGUAAAUAUCAUCAUCAAAUGUAUCCUCAAUUCUAACGAAUUUCAAGUAAUCAAGAGCCCACAGAUCAAUGCUGUACAGUGAAUAUAGUUCUAAACUUUGGUAUAUAACAAAGAAAUUAUUCCUCUAUGCCAAGUUCAUCUUUUUCAAGAGAUCGAUUAUGAUCGCGUGUCUAAUUAAAUAUGUGAUUGAACCAUACAUUUUCACAACCAGAUACAAAGGUGUUCUAUUUAGAAGAAUACUUACACUUUAAAAAAUUUCUUUAUACCCCUGAUCGUCACUGGCUUCUUCCCACAUGGAAAAUGUACAGUUUACUUAGAAGCUUUUAUGCAUUAACAAUAAUAUCACAUUUCUUGUAGAAGAAGUGUACAUUGAAUUCAACACUUUUGCUAUGCCCCCGUUCGGUGAGCAUUAUAAAAAUACAAAACUAUUCGAUGACACACUUCCUUGCACACAAUUAUGCAAAAAAAUCGUUUUUUCCCCUUUCUUUUUUUUCUUUUUUUUUAAACGUAUCGUUUACUUAAAGACGCUUGGCAUAGAAUCCUCAUAGUGUUUACCCUUUCUUUUUAACGUUAACAUUAAUAAUAGUAAGAUGUAAUUUAAAUUAAGCAUCGACGCUUCUCCGAUAACGCUAACUUCUUCACAAGAAUACGUAUGUGCAA